CUCUCAAACGUUUCAGAACACUGUUUUCCACAAGAGAGAGCCUUCCUUUCUCCUAUUGUCUUCUAUCAUCUCUCCUUCCAAGUAAAGACGCUCCAGAGGUAGUAGGCCAUUUGAUGAACCGGGUUUUAGGCACUCUAUGUUUUUGAGCUUCUGUUUAACCAAAGGAAGUGCUUUCAUACGCCGAGGCUUCCACGUAGGUAAGCAGUUCUCAAAUCCAAGUACUGAGGAUAUUGUGUUUAGCGCAAUUUGCGUUAAUUUAAAGCAGAGGAGAUGGAGAAUCUUGGAGCAAAUGUGGCGGAGUCUCGACAAUUCUUUAGUGUGUCGUGUCAUUCUCGAGUUUCAGAACUCGCCGCUGUUAGCUUUAGAGUUUUACAAUUGGGUUGGAGAGAAGAAGAAAUUUUCACACUCAUUGGAAUCUUCUUGUACUGUAAUUCAUUUGUUGGUCAACUCAAGGAGAUUCGAUGAUGCCUUGGCUCUUAUGGGGAACUUGAUUUGUGUAGCUGGCGUGCCUCCCCUGAAGGCUUUGGAAGGGUUGGCUAAUAGUUAUAAAGGAUGUGAUUCAAGUCCAGCAGUGUUUGACGCAUUGAUCAGGGCUUGUACUCAGAUUGGAGACACCGAUGGUGCUUAUGAAGUGAUCAAGAAGUUGAGGACCGAGAGUUAUUCAGUUACGAUUCAUGCUUGGAAUAACUUUUUGGGUCACCUAUUGAAGUUGAAUGAGAUCCAUAGGUUUUGGGAGGUGUACAGGGAAAUGAUUUCAUAUGGGUAUAGUGAAAAUGUGAAUACUUUCAAUUUGAUUGUUUAUGCUCUUUGUAAGGAAUGCAGAUUACCAGAAGCAGUCUCAAUAUUUUACCGGAUGUUGAAGAAUGGAAUUUGGCCUAAUGUUGUUACUUUUAACAUGAUCAUAGAUGGAGCUUGCAAGAUGGGUGACUUGGCUCUUUACUUGAAGCUUCUGAGGAAGAUGGAAGUGAUGUCAGGGGGGUUUGUACAACCCAAUUCAGUUACUUACAAUUGUGUCAUUAAUGGGUUGUGCAAGAUGGGGAGUGUAGGAUCUGCAAAGGAAGUGCAUAAUGAAAUGACUAAGUUGGGUAUUGAGUCCAAUGAAAGGACCUAUGCGACUCUGAUAGAUGGGUAUGCAAGAGGAGGGAGGUUGGAGGAGGCUUUUAAGUUGUGUAAUGAAAUGGUGGAAAGGGGCUUAAUUCCUAAUGCUGUUGUUUACAAUACAGUUAUCCAUUGGCUGUACAAGGAGAGAGAUAUUGAGGGAGCUUCUUUGCUAUUGUCUGACAUGAUUGAUAAGCAUAUAUGCCCUGAUCAAUUCACCUACUCAAUCCUCAUAAAGGGGCUUUGCAUAAAUGGAUAUAUGACAGAAGCUUUUAAACUAAAUAACCAGAUUAUGGAAAGGAACCUCACUACAGAUGCUUAUCCUCACAAUAUCCUCAUUGAUUAUAUGUGCAGAAACAAAAAUUUAGCAGGGGCUAAGCAACUGCUGGGCAGUAUGUUUGUUCAUGGUUUAAUCCCUGACCUCGUUACAUAUGGUAGUUUGAUUGAUGUGUUCUGCAAGGAAGGAAAUGUAGAGCAUGCGGUUCAGGUCUAUGACAAAAUGAUAAAGGUGGAAGAAAGUCCCAACUUGGUUAUAUACAAUAUUCUUCUAAAUGGUUUAUGCAGAGAAGCGUCAAUGGAUGUUGCUAAACUUUUGGUAGAUAUUUUAAGUAGGAAGGGUUUACUCGAUGCCAUAACCUAUAAUACCUUGAUAAAUGGCUAUUUCCUUGGUGGGAAGGCUGAUGAGGCAUUUGCGAUGGUAUCGGAAAUGAGAAAGGUGGGGAUUUUAGAGAACAGAGUCACUUACAACAUAUUAAUCAACUUCUUUUGCAAGUUUGGAUGUUUUCAAGAAGCAAAAGACCUUUUGAAGAUGAUGGUUCUUCGUGGCAUUGUUCCUGAUUUCAUAACAUAUACAACUCUUGUUACCCAUUUCAGUAAGAAUUGCAGUCCAGAGGAAGUGAUUGAAUUGCAUGAUGAGAUGGUGCUUAAGGGAGUAAUUCCUGAUAGACAAACAUAUAAGACGAUUGUUAGCCCACUUCUUCACGAAGACAAUGCAAAGACUGCAGUUUAGCAUGGCAAAGUGAGCUUCAAAAACUCAAAAGUUUAGUAUGGCCAUUUUAAGCCUUUGUAGAUUACUUCCUUGUGUUGACCAAGCAUGUAUUCAUCCAUAUUUUGUUUGUGCUUUAGGACCCCCUAGACUCUUGAAUGAAGAAUUUUUUGAUCUACCAAUUCAACAUGUUGGUAAAUGGUAACGUCUCUACUCCCGCCACAAUCGUGUUACAACGGCAUGUUACUUGGCUUUAUGGGAGGGUCAUGUAAACUCUUUUAAGAGAUGCCUUUGUAGGAUCACAGAUGGGGGUCAUUUUUGCUCCACACAGAUAAUUUGUGGAAUUUCUUUUCUUCAUGUUCUAGUUUCAUUUAGUAAAUUUUGUUCA